AAUAUAAAAAAAUAAAUAAAAAUACGUGUAUAUAUUCAUGUUUUCCUCCGCCACCCUCAAACCCGCGCCGCCUGGAGAAACAAAAGAGGCAUCUCGGUGAUGGGCUGCUAUUGCUGUGCUUAGUCAGUUGCAUUUGUAAUAUCCACACACACGCACACAACGGAACAAAAUACACAACACUACAAGGCUUCUUCGCCGAAUCGCUUCAUUUUUUGAUAGCCUUGAAUCAGAGUAUUGAUUGAUUGUAUUACUUUGUUCGAGAGAACAAGAAGAAGAAGGAGGUAGCAGAAGCAGCAGAAGCUGAAAGGGCAAGGAGAAAUUGGCUUUGUAAAGUCCGUUCUUGCCAACAAGAAUUCUCAGAAAGCUGAAUUGGGUUUUGCUCGAGUCAGGAAAAAUUUCAAGAAAUAGAAAAAAUGAAGUACGUUUUGGUCACUGGAGGAGUUGUAAGCGGUCUGGGCAAAGGGGUCACCGCAAGUAGUAUUGGAGUGAUUCUCAAAGCCUGUGGACUUCGCGUUACUUCUAUUAAGAUUGAUCCUUACUUGAACACUGAUGCGGGAACGAUGUCUCCUUUUGAGCACGGAGAAGUGUUUGUCUUGGAUGAUGGCGGUGAGGUGGAUCUGGACCUGGGAAAUUAUGAGCGAUUCUUGGAUAUCACAUUGACUCGUGACAACAAUAUCACAACUGGGAAGAUUUAUCAAGCUGUCAUCAACAAGGAGAGAAGAGGUGAUUAUCUUGGAAAGACCGUCCAGGUGGUUCCACAUAUUACAGACGCCAUUCAAGAGUGGAUUGAGCGUGUAGCAAUGAUCCCAGUGGAUGGAAAAGAAGGUCCUGCUGAUGUUUGUGUCAUAGAAUUGGGUGGAACUAUUGGGGAUAUUGAAUCUAUGCCAUUCAUUGAGGCACUCUGCCAGUUUUCAUACCGUGUAGGCUCCAACAAUUUCUGCUUGAUUCAUGUAAGCCUAGUGCCCGUUCUCAAUGUUGUAGGUGAACAGAAAACAAAGCCUACCCAGCAUAGUGUCAGAGGACUUAGAGGACUGGGUUUAACACCAAAUAUUCUAGCUUGUCGCAGUACAAAGCCACUUGAAGGGAAUGUCAAGGAAAAACUCUCCCAGUUUUGCCAUGUGCCGGCAGGAAACAUAAUCACUCUCUAUGAUGUUUCAAAUAUUUGGCACAUUCCUUUGCUAUUAAGGGAUCAAAAGGCACAUGAAGCAAUCUUGAAAUCAUUGAACCUUCUGGGCAUUGCUAGGGAGCCUAAUUUAACGGAAUGGACGGCUAGGACAGAACUGUGUGACUUGUUGUACGAUCCUGUUAGGAUUGCAAUGGUUGGAAAAUAUACUGGCCUUUCAGAUUCUUAUCUCUCUGUUCUGAAGGCUGUUUUGCACGCCUCUGUUGCUUGCCGCAGGAAACUCCAUAUAGACUGGGUUCCUGCUGGUGACCUCGAAGACACAACUGCAAAAGAGGCCCCUGAUGUUCAUAAAGCUGCAUGGGAUAUCUUGAAGGGCGCUGAUGGUGUUAUAGUUCCUGGAGGGUUUGGUGAUAGAGGGGUGGAAGGAAAAAUUCUUGCGGCAAAGUAUGCUCGAGAAAACAAAGUUCCAUUCCUUGGUAUUUGUUUGGGGAUGCAAAUUGCAGUCAUUGAGUUUGCACGAUCGGUUCUUGGUUUGCAUGAUGCAAACAGCACAGAGUUUAAUCCUGAAACUACAAAUCCUUGUGUCAUAUUUAUGCCAGAGGGCUCAAAAACUCACAUGGGAGCAACUAUGCGCCUGGGUUCAAGGAGGACUUACUUCAGGGUUACUGACUGCAAGUCUGCAAAGUUAUAUGGCAAUGUGAGCUUCGUUGAUGAGCGACAUCGUCACAGAUAUGAGGUCAAUCCUGAUAUGGUAUCACAACUUGAAAAUGCUGGUCUAUUAUUUGUUGGAAGUGAUGAAGGUGGUCGGCGCAUGGAGAUUGCUGAACUUCCUGGUCAUCCAUAUUUUGUUGGUGUACAGUUUCAUCCCGAGUUCAAGUCAAGGCCUGGAAAACCUUCUGCACUGUUUUUAGGGCUUAUAGCAGCAGCAUGUGGCCAGUUGGAUGUGGUAUUGCAAUACUACGGCCAUAUAAGGAAACUAAUGACGAGGAAAACUGGGAUGAGCAACGGACACGGAAUGGUUAAAACCCACCAAAAUGGAAACACCGAGAAGCCCUCCAAUGGAUGUUUAAAUUGCGUGUAUAGCAAUGGUAACGGAGUGCACCUCUAAAGAAAGUCAGUGAUUAUCUUUGAUGGAAGUAAUCUUCUGGUUAGGACCUUAUGGUAUUGAGUUUGUCCAAGGGCUCCUCAGUAGCCCUCCGAAUCUGUCUGUACAGCAGUUUUGAGUACUGGUGGAUGUUUUGACUGUUUGGCUACGUUGUUUUGGUAUGGUGCUGGAUCUCGAAUGUCUCUCGAGUAACUCUCCUGCUUGUUUUUGCCAGCAUGGAAGAGUUAACCGGCUGUUUUGUUGAACUGAAAUAUCCCUAGUUUUGGUGAGGACUUGGACUGAUCACCCCGGAAAAGAGAAGGUUUAACUAUUUUAUUAAGAUUUCAUUUGUUCAAAAGUGGUGCUUCGACAUAAUUUGCAUUUAUGCAAAAGGAACUUACUGUUUGUUAUUAAUGUAUUCAAAGAAUUGCUUGUGUCUCUAAA